CAGCCGACAGCUGGCGCAGUCAAUUGAAACACUCGAAGCGGUAAAGCGACUACGAACGGCAACGCAGUAAAGCGUACACAAAGCGAAUAUUCAAGGCGAUUUUGUAAAGUUAGUGCAGCUGAUUGUUGGUGUUAACGAAUCUACGGAAAAAUGUCUCUAUUGUUGUGGGAUCCAUUCAGACCAUCUCGCGUCCUGGACCAACAGUUUGGUUUAGGUUUAGAUCCUGAAGAUCUGUUGGCGCCUUUGGAAAGAAGUCUAUUCAGAUGCCCUGCUGGUUACCUACGGCACUGGAGGACACCAUCCGCUGCUAGCGAUACCGGGUCAGUGGUAACAGCCGACAAAGAUAAGUUCCAAGUAAAUUUGGACGUACAGCACUUCAAACCAGAAGAAAUUAAGGUAACAGCGUCUGGCAACACCCUGACCAUCGAGGGUAAACACGAAGAGAAGCCAGACGAACAUGGUUAUAUCUCCAGACAUUUCGUAAGGAGGUAUGUACUACCAGAAGGGCACGACAUGAACCAAGUGCAGUCCAACCUCUCCUCUGAUGGUGUUUUGAGUAUCACGGCGCCUAGGAAAUCUUUGGAGGGCAAGGAAGAGAAAAGCAUUCCAAUUCAGCAAACUGGACAACCUAGCAAACCCAUUGAAAAUAAGGAGAAAAAAUAAUCUGAUUUGAAGAUAUUUUCUUUUUGAGACUGAAUUUUUGAUUUGUAAUAUAGAUGUUUGUAAGGAUUUUGUGAUCACCAGUACUUUGUAUUUGUAUGCCUUUUACUGUUAAGUUUUUUUAGAUAGUACAAUGAAAAUAGCAACAGUCUACCACAUUCUCAAAUUC